GUCUGACAUCCGUACCGUGCGUCCCUGUCCAUCUCAUCUGCUGUCCAACAUCUUCGGUCGCGAAGGAAAUAAGAACACAGAAAACCAUCAAAAUGGUGAUCAUAAUUUUGGCAAAAGUUUAGAUUUGUGACUUUGAUUCUUAGAUAUUUUGGAGCACAUCCGUGCGUACGAAAUCAAUCGGCGAUCGUGGAAAUAUUCGAGUGCUGGAAGUUGGUGGUACGGGUGGGCUAAAACAGUGCGUUGAAGAUUCGGUAAUGAGUAGUGGGUGACGCACAUCGAGCAACAUUUGGUACACAGCAUAAACGUUGGAGCUUGGAAUAAAGCAAGUUUAGUUUCUACACGGUGGAGGAGGGGGAGGAGAAAGCUAUGUCGGACAAUUCGUCCUCUUCAAGCCACCAGAAGGAGCAGAAAAAAGAUGAAGACAAAACGACGCGGGACGAAUCACAACCCCAACCGGCAGUGCCCCAGGGCCAGAACCAACAGCAACCAACGAAAUGGAUUUGCGAGUAUUGCACUUACGAAAACUUCCCUCUGUCGCUGAAGUGUACCAUGUGUAAAGGGCAGAAACCGCUUUUGAAUGAGGAUAUUUUUAGAUUAAGUCCUACGCAGCAGUUGAGUACAACGAAAAAGUCAACUUCAAACCUAGCCAGUGGACCAUCCGGUCUGUCGCCCACGAGCGAUGGUGACGGUUCCCUAAGGUGGGUUUGCAGCACUUGCACCUACUUUAAUCUCUCUCACGCUCGACGUUGCCUGCAAUGCAACAGCAAACGGGAAGACGAAGUAUUGAUUAAACAUUCGAGCCAGAAGCCUUUAUCCGAGAAAACUACGCCGUCGAAGGUGAUAUCGGAAUACGAUAGCCUUAGUGACCAGUUGAACGCUUUGAAUAUUUCUCGAAGUUCUGGGGAAGAUGAUUUACUGGACCUGUUCCACCCCGGCUCCGAUAGAGGUCGAAAACGGCAGAUCAACUCCCCCGUGAACAAAGGUUCUACUACUGCAGAGCGUACUGUCGAUAGUUUGAAAGAUAACGACUCGGGUGGUGGUAGCGGAGGAGCUAAACAUCAGUCACCAGUAUCGAUUUCUCCAGUUAAUACAUGUCCUCGUUCUUCUGCCACUGCUGGCAAAUGGUCAUGCUCCGUUUGCACUUAUGAAAAUUGGCCCAAAGCAUUGAAGUGCUCAAUGUGUUUACAUCCCCGGGAAACAAAUAGUGGACGCAAUAGUCUAGCAUCUGCAAAACAUUCUCCCGAACAUGAUGAGAACGUUGCCAGCAACAUCGUGGUCAAUAACAAACGAAAUCAACAGUUGGCGCGUGACCAAGAACCAAUGAACAAUCUGGAUGUAUAUCAACAGGAACGAUAUAUGCGUCAGCUUAGGCGGCAGCCAGAUUGGCAAUGGUUGAAUGCUUGCAUCGGAAUAGCAGAGAACAACGUUGGAGCCGUGGAAAGUUACUUGAGCUGUGGAGGAGACGCGGGUCGAGCUCUUACUCCUGCCGAAGUUACUCUCCUAAAUCACAACAAUAUUGCUUUUGAUGUCGGCCACACACUAAUCCAUCUUGCGAUUCGAUUUCAUCGAGACGAAAUGUUACCAAUGCUUCUGGCUCAAAUCUCCGGCUCAGGGCCAGGUAUCAAAAGGGUACCAUCGUACGUUGCCCCUGACUUGGCGAGCGAUAUCCGGCGGCACUUUGCCCACUCGUUGCGCAUUCGAAAGGCUUCUUUCAGCUGCCAGUAUGUAACCGAACAUGCAACCUUCUCGCUGCCGGCAGAUAUUGAAGAGCUCCCAUUGGCUCUGCAGGAGCAAUUGUACGAAGAACUACUCGAUCGGGAUGCCCAGAAGCAGCUAGAAAUGCCGCCACCGGCCCUGAACUGGUCGCUGGAGAUAACGGAACGGUUAGGUUCCCGUUUGAUGGUGCUGUGGAAUCGGAGCGCCGGUGAUUGCUUGCUCGACUCCGCUAUGCAGGCGACAUGGGGGGUAUUCGAUCGUGAUAAUACUUUAAGGAGAGCCCUAGCUGAUAGUUUACACCAAUGCGGGCAUUUUUUUUUUCCUCGUUGGAAAGAAAAUGAAAUAUUUCAAGCAGCCCUACUGCACUAUACUUUAGCCGAAACCCAACUAGAAGAGGAUUGGGGCACUUUGUUGUCGCUUGCUAGUCAGCCUGGGUCUUCACUGGAGCAGCUGCACAUAUUUGUUCUCGCACAUAUUCUGCGCCGGCCUAUAAUCGUUUAUGGAGUAAAAUACGUUAAAAGCUUCCGCGGCGAAGACAUCGGGUAUGCUCGGUUCGAGGGUGUUUACCUACCAUUGUUGUGGGAGCAAAGCUUCUGCAUAACUUCACCGAUCGCGUUGGGAUACACCCGAGGUCACUUUAGUGCGCUUGUACCAACGGAACCGUACUCGCGAAUAGACGCAGCUCGCGACGAUAGAGAAGAUAUCACCUUUUUACCCUUGAUGGAUUGCGAGAUGAAGCUUCUGCCCAUCCAUUUCUUGAACAGUAGCGAGAUUGGUCGGGAAGAAGCUAUCAUGCGACAAUGGUUGGAUAUUUGCGAAACUGAAGGGUUGUUAGUAGCACAGCAGAAACUGCAUAAACGUCCACUAUUAGUCGCUCAAAUGCUAGAAGAAUGGCUUAAUCAUUACAGGAGAAUAGCUAUCUCAAGGCUUUUUUAAUUACCGAAGGCUUGCUGGGAGAUUUUACUGAUGAAUCUUUUUAACCGUAGAGCAGAGAAACGAUACGACAAAUUCUUCGUAAGUAAUCAAAUCACAGCUAGCAAAAUCCGAAAACCGGGCGCAAAAAUUAGCACAGUUUCUUCACACUAGCAUCGAAAGUCAAUUAAUGUAAUGUUACAAAAAGAAAAAAAAACUCUACAGCAAAAAUCAAAAACCGUAUCACAGAUCGAUUACACAUUCGCAGUCUGCACAAAUGCUAUAUCCUUGUAAUUAAUGCGAUGUCGCCACGAAAACGAUACUGAAUAGUCCCCCAAAGUCUCCCAGUUGCUAUAGAAACCAAUAUCCUGAACCUCCACAGUUUCCCACCAAACCUAUAAGGCAGUGAGGCACACAGUAGUUGUUUGCGAGAUAGACAUUAAUAAGCGAUGCACUAAGUACUUUACAAUUUGAAAAAUUGCUAAAAUACCAAGCCAACUAAUCAAGAUAGAUCCAAUCUAUUAACUCGAACAAUACAGCUCUGUUAUGUUUGUUAAGUUUUAUGAAUAUUGAAGUUAUUUUCGGGAUUCUACUUAGGUGUGUACAUAUUUUCAUUUAUUCGAAUUUUUAGUGAGUUAUAUAUACUUAAAUAACGCAAAUAAAUUAUUUUCAAAACUCAGCGAUAAAUAGUA